AUGAAUAUUUAUUAACCAAAUCAAUCAGCGCUUACAAAUGCUUUUAAAUCAUAGGCUACUCUUACUGAAUAGAAAAUAAUCUUUUUAGAGUAAUCUCUCAAUAAGGCCUAAAGAGAUGUAAUCAUAUACAAAUUUAAUUAUAGCUAAAUGAUCUAAGAUUUUAAUAAAACCAUUUAAAAUCUAAAAGGGAGGAUUUGAUUUCUAAUUACCAAAAAAAUAAUAGAAAGCUCCUAAAAUAAAUGGAUGAGUUACAAAUAUUGAUCAACAAUACUUAAUCAUAUAUUAGAUUAGACUAAUUAAUUAGUGCAUUCAAAAAUAAUAAUUGGAAUGAUCUUAUAACAAGAUACCUACAUGAAAACAAUAAGUUUACCUCUUAAAAAAUAAAAAUAAUUUAAAAAAUUAUAUUAACUGAUUAAUAACUAAAUGAUUGGAGAGAGUAAAUAAGCAUGAUUAAAGAAGAUAUAAAUGGAAUGCAUGAUUAGAAUAGUGCUUUGAUUAUUGAAUUUGAGGAAUUAGAUGAAGUGAUUCAUUAAUGGAAUGGCUCAGCAAUAGAACCAAUAAGCAAAAUAUAUCAAAUUAAGAAAUAGUUAAAUGAAUUAAGAGCAAAUUAUUUAGAUUUAUCUAGUGAAAGAUAGAUUAAAGAGGCUAGUCUAAAUCAAUUAACAUAAAGAGUUGAUUCUUGUUAGGAAAAUCUCAAUAAAUUAAGAAAAGAACAUAUUCCAAUUUUUUAAGAAAUUGAUUUUCAACUUAAAUAAAGCAUUUAAUUUUGGUUUUCGCCAGAUUUAGUUUAUAAGGUUUUUCUUGAUAUCUUUAAUGAUUGUGUUGAUUUCAAUAAAGAUAAAAUAGAUGAAGUAUUUGAUAUUUUGAUGUAAAUUCAUGACAAAAUAGUUGGAUGUUGUUUUAGUUUGUUGUAAAAGCACAUUAAAUUUGAAGAGAGAUAAUAAUUGUUCGAUAAAAAUUUCUAAGAGGUUACAAAUUCAAUAAAUUAAUAUUAAUAAUGGUUUAAAGAAAUAGAUGUUUAAGAUUUUGAAUGUUUGUUAGGUAUUUAUUGAUUAAUUAGAAGUUUAAAAAAUUAAUAAUCAUUAAUUUAUGAACAUAAUUGAACAGAAAAGUUAACGAUUCCAGGCUGUUUUACAAAAAUAAAUUCGAAUUUUUAGUUGUACCCAAGAACACACAAGUCUUAAGUAUGGUUAUCAUAGAUUCUGCUUAGAGCUCAAUAAAUUGAGCUAGAAAGAUAAGUUCAUAAGUUAUUGUAUGAAUAAUCGAUGAUACAGUGCAAUUAUCAACGUUUGGAAUCCUAGUUGCAAUAGCUUAAGAUCGCUGGGCCUAUCCUUAUUAUGAAUACAUAAAGUUAUCAAUUAGAACAAGUUUUAGAUCGAAUAAAUACAAUUGAAAUUAUUUAGAAAAAGAACAAAUAAUAAAUUGAAUUAAAUUAUCCUUAACAAAUAUCUGUUAUUGAAACACAAAUAAUUCAAUAUUAGAAUUAGUGUUAAUAGUUGAUCGAAUAAUUGUUAAGCAUAAAAUCAGAUAUAAAAUUAGUCUAUAAUUAAGAUGUUGAUUAGGAUGAAACCUUUUUGUAAAUGGAACUUCAGUAACUAAAUUAAGAAUUGCAUACUUAAGAAUUAUUGUUUUCAAAAUCUAAAAAUGAAUGUGAUAUUAAACUAUAAUAAUUUGAUUAUGAGGAAAGUAAGUAUUGUUAUUUCUAAUUAAGAUAAUAUUUUAAAUAAGAUUGAAACCAUAUCAUAAGCAAUGAAUGAUUAUCAAAAUUCAAAGCCAAAAAAAGAAAAUAUUCCACCAGCAGAUUUACAUUCUAAACGUUAAUCUUUAGAUAAUAGUAUUUUUGAUAAUAAUAAAUCAAAUUUGAAAUACUCUUAUCAUGAAAAUACAACUGAUAGAAGUCAUUCCAGAUCAAGAUCAGCUUUAGGUGCAAAUUCAACUUCAAAUUCUUUAAGAAACUUUUUGAAUUUUUAAAGUCCAUCCUAAUUAAAAAGAACUAAACUUAUUCUUAUUCAUAAUCAGUCUAAUAGAAAUUCAUAAAAAUAAUCAAUAAAUUCUUCAAUUUAAAAAAUAGAUGAUACUACUCUAUUAUCACCAAAUAGAAGUUUUGUUUCAAAUAAAAAUUAAUAAUCUUAAUAGAUUAAGACAUUUAAAGUAUAUAAAAGAACUGUUUAAAAUACUUUGAUUUAAAAACUUUAAGAGGUUAAUAAUUAUAUACCAAAGUAAAUUAGAUUUUGAUUAUUUUUUAGGUUUGUUAAAUAUAAUGAAAAAAUGAAAUGCAUAGAGUUUUACAAUGUAAAUAGAAUUGGUAGUGAUUUGGGUAUCAAAGAUUCUGCAUUAAAUAUCAAAUAAAUUGUUGGAAUAACACAAUAAUUAGUUAAAGGUGUUAUUAAAUAAAGUAAUCUAAUUAAAAUAUGAUUUAGAUUUCACAUUUUAUGGAUUAUUUUUAUUACUUUAAAAAAACUAGAAAGUAGAAAUUCUAUUUGCAAAAUAAGAAGAGUUAAUUUAAUUCUUGAACAUCUUAAAGUGA